AUGCCGGAUUCCGUGACCGCCGAGUCGGCAUCCGUGUUGAACGGCACAGCAGCUCCCGAGUCAAACGGCACAAUAGCCAAGAGAGCGCACUAUGCACCGCCGUGGGCCGACGUCAGUAUCAUAGGCAUUGCUGGCAGCUCGGGGUCGGGCAAAUCUACGCUCUCACAUGCCAUCGUGAACAAACUCAACCUGCCGUGGGUAGUCAUUUUGUCCAUCGACUCUUUUUACAAGAGUCUGGACGAGGAGUCUUCCCGAAAGGCAUUCCGGAAUGAGUACGACUUUGAUGCACCGGACGCCUUGGACUUUGAUGUCUUGGUAGAACGCCUCCGGGAUCUCAAAGCCGGAAAACGUGCCGAGAUUCCUGUGUAUUCGUUUGAGAAGCAUGCCCGUACUGACCGGACUACGUCCAUCUACUCGCCACACGUCCUGAUUUUGGAGGGUAUCUUCGCCCUCUAUGACCCGCGGGUUCUUGAGCUCAUGGACAUGAAGAUAUUCUGCGAAGCCGAUGCGGAUACUUGCCUUUCACGGAGGAUAUUACGUGAUCAAAGGGACCGUGGUCGAGACAUUGAGGGUAUCAUCAAGCAAUGGUUCGCCUAUGUGAAGCCCAACUUCGAAAAGUUUGUGGACCCACAGCGGAAGGUGGCCGACAUCAUCGUGCCGCGCGGCAUUGAGAACCAAGUUGCCAUGUCUAUGGUGGUCCAGUUCAUCAAGGAGAAGCUUCUCGAAAAGUCAACGCACCACCGCGCGGCACUUACCCGCCUCGAGAUCGGGGCACAGUCCGAACCCCUAUCUGAAAAAGUAACCGUGAUGAACCAGACAUCACAAAUGAAGGGCAUGAACACCAUCAUCCACGACAUCGACACGACCAGCGAGAACUUUAUCUUUUACUUUGACCGCCUCAGCGCCCUUCUCGUGGAGCAAGCACUAAACAACAUCCCCUUCAUCCCGGCCGACAUCCCCACCUCACAAGGCCGCACCUACGCCGGGCUGCGUCCCAAGGGCGAAGUCUCAGCCGUCACCGUGCUCCGCGGCGGCGCCGCACUCGAAGUCGGCCUCCACCGGUGCAUCACCGACUGCAAGACGGGCCGCAUGCUCAUCCAGAGCAACGUGCGGACAGGCGAGCCAGAACUGCACUACCUGGUGCUGCCGCCGGAUAUCGACAAGCACGAGGCGGUGCUGCUGCUGGAUGCGCAGAUGAGCAGCGGCGGGUCGGCGUUGAUGGCGGUGCAGGUGCUAGUGGACCACGGUGUCAAGGCGGAGCGGAUCGUGUUGGUCACGUACAGUGCUGGACGGAUGGGCCUGCAUAGGUUGACCAAGGUGUUUCCCGAGAUGGCGGCGGUGGUUGGGCAGGUGGUGCAUGAUAUCGAGGAAAGAUGGGUGGAGAAAAGGUAUUUCCGGUCUAUUGGUGGCAACUUAUUGGAGGGCGUGUUCGUGUCGCCGACGAUUCCGACACAGAACGCGAAAGACGAGGUCAUGAAGCCCUAA